AUGGAUGAUUUAAAAUUAUAUGAUUUCGAAAAACGCAAUAAAAAUAAAAAUAGUAAUUAUGCUCUAUAUUAUAGAUAGGAAUAUAUAUUCUGGAAGUAUUGUGAAACUUAUGAUUGCUACAAUCCUAUAUAUUGUUUAGGGUUGUCAAUAUACAGAUUAUGAAGAAAGUUUGCUAAGUAAAAAAAAUUAAAUAGAAAAAACAAUAAUUUAUUCGUAAGGUUCAACCCAAUCAUUUGCUUUUUGGAGUUUCUGUAUUCCAGCUUGGGAAGUUGAUGGCUAUCCACAAGUUGAGGAAAUGAUGUUUGAAGAUAAUAGAAAUUAAUAGCUUCUAUUUUUGAUAAAUUCAGGGCAAAACGACCAAUCUUUGAUAAUGUUUAUGUAUGUUGAUUUUAUUAGUGGUAAAAAUGAAGUAAUUCACAGUCUUCAUAUAAAUACUUAAUUAUAAGAAAAAGUUUAUGAAUACAAAUUUGAUUCUAAGAUUUAUGAAGGGAAGUGGUAUUUAAGCAUGAUAACUAUUGGAUCCCAAUUUAUAAAAUUCUAAACUUCAGAAUCAAACAAUUAUUAUGACAUUUAAGAUGAAAUACCUAUAUUCAAUACAUUUCAAAUCAUAAUUGGUGGUACAGGAAUUGUAAAUUAAUUAUAAAUAAAUUUAGGUCAGUCACAAAUACUAUCUGGGGAUAUUUAGAGGAAGAUNCAACGAUAUUGCAAUUAAAAAAUACACAAAUUAUUAAGUAAAAAUAUAAACAUUGUAACAUUUAAGUUGCUAAUCACAAUAUAUAAACAAUGAAAAGCUAUUGGGUGAAUUAUUUUUAACCUUUAACAGUUUUAGUUUCAAUAAAAAUCUUGAAAACCUAGAAAUAUUUAUGAAUGUAUAUUAUACAUAUUAUAGAAUUUAAAUAAAGUAUAUAGUUCAAUAGAACAAUUCCUCAUAUAAAGGCUAACAAAAUCCUUAUAUUUUUGGAAAUUUUUGAAGUAUACAAACUAUAGAGCUGAAUACUAUAAGAAUGAUAUGAAAGAAAUGCAGUGA